AUGAAACACUAUGACGAUUAUAAUAAUCAGAGACAAAGUGUGACAAGUAUCUUUGCUAGAGAAACUAGGGAAUCAGAAGAAUUGUAUAAGAUCCAUUUAGCUUGUUCUUUAGAUUGUACUAGAUAUCUCAUAGCACAAGGCAUUGCUUUCCGUGGCCAUGAUGAAAGCUCUACUUCUCUAAAAAAGGGAAAUUUUAGAGAGAUGGUGGAUUGGGUAAAAUCUAAUGACGAAAAAGUGAGAGAUGCUUUUGAUCAUGGUCCAAAAAAUUGCACAAUGACUUCCGAUGACAUUCAAAAGGAGCUUGCAACGUGUUGUGCACAUGAAGUUACCAAGGUGAUUAUGGAAGAGCUUGGUGAUAGAAAAUUCUUUAUGCUUAUUGAUGAGUCACGUGAUAUAUCUGUCAAAGAACAAAUGGCGGUGAUGUUGAGAUUCUUGAACGACAAAGGGAAAGUUGUGGAACGAUUUAUUUCUCUACAUGAUGUCAAAUAUACUACAUCAGAGGCAUUAAAGGAUGCUCUUUAUGGUAUUCUCGAUCGUCACACGUUAUCUAUUUCAAGGAUACGAGGGAAAGGAUAUGAUGGCGCUUCAAAUAUGAGAGGUGAGUUUAAUGGUUUACAAAGAAAGAUUCUAGAUGAAAACCCUUAUGGUUUCUAUGUCCAUUGUUAUGCUCACCGUUUGCAAUUGGUGGUUGUGUCUGUUGCUAGUAGUUGCUCAUCUAUUCAUGAUUUCUUUGAACUUGCGAGUGGUGAGAUAUCUCAAGGAAAGGGCUUACACCAAUCAUCUAGUCUCGAUAGACUCGGGGAUACUAGAUGGGGUUCACAUUAUACUACCUUGAUUCGUUUGGAUCAGAUGUGGUCCUCCAUGUUAGAGGUGCUUAGUACUGUUGAUGAAGAUGGACGUGGACCAUCUCAAGCGGCGGGUUUGAUAGAAAAUUUGGAGAGCUUUUUAAUUUGCUUUCAUUUUGAAGCUUAUGUUAAAGUUGUUUGUAUUCCGGUGCCAAAUAUGGAUGAAGAAAUACCGAUUUGGAGUCGUUCAAGAAGAGAAGGGAGGACUGCCACUAAUCUUCACCAUUACCGUGCAGAGAUUUUUUAUGUUGCUAUUGACAAAAUAUGUGUGGAGAUGGAUCAUUGGUUUAGUGAAGGAAGUAACAUUGUGCUGGAUUUCUUCUCAUGUAUUGACCCCAAGAACUCUUUUUUCAAGUUUGAUGUUGAUAAGCUUGCCCGUCUUGCUAAUGUUUAUCAUGCAGGCUUUUCUGAUGAUGACCGUGGAACAAUAAAGGAGCAACUUGAGACUUAUAUGGUUCAAACUGAGAAACAUUUGGUAUUUCCAUUGGUCUACAAGCUCAUUGAGUUGGCUUUGAUAUUACCGGUGUCGACAGCAUCUGUUGAAAGAGCAUAA